AUGCCGACCGGGCAGGGAAGGCACCACUGUGACCUAUCCCACCCAAUUCUAUCUUUCUACAUGGUAUCAGCCAAACAAACCCCUGCUUCCGCCGACCUCACCUAUUCCCGCCGCCGCGUCAGGAUUCCUCCCCUGCGCCGCCGCCCCUCCUCCCCCACCAUGUCUGACGCCGGCGCCUCUCCCUUCGCCGCCCUUUGGGGCCAGACCACCAACAUCCUGAGUGUCAAGGCGCUCAUCCCCGUCACCCUCGAUCUCAAGGCGUCGAACUACACCCGCUGGAACAACAUGGUGCAGAUUGCCGUCACCACCUACGCCGUCGCCGACCACCUCACCACGGCCACGCCGCCCGCCGAUGACGACGAGUGGCUGCACAUGGACGCCACAGUUCUGCGCUGGCUCUACGGCUCCAUCACUCCCGAGAUCACUGACAUGGUGAUGGAGAACCCCACCACGUCCUACUCCAUCUGGCAGCGCAUCGUCGCCCUCUUCCGAGACAACCAACAGGCCCGGGCUGGCUACCUCGGCCAGAAAUUCCGCAACAUCGACCAUGAGGGUAAGUCUAUCACAGCCUACUGCCUCGAGCAAAAAACCGUGGCCGACGCCCUCGGUGAUGUCGGCGCCCCCGUCGCCGAUGAUGCCCUCGUCUGGAACGUCCUCAAGGGUCUUGACUCCGACUACGACCACAUCGCCGCGCUCGUCCCGCUGCUGACCCCGUUCCCCUCCUUCCUCCAGCUGCGCAACAUGCUCCUCCUCUAG